GCGAGAUAUUAAGGGAGUUAAGGCCCUCGGGAGGGUUCAUUCAUUCUUUGAAUUUCGUUCAAGCAAGUUGUCAGCUUUCUUCGUGUGUUUUAUUUUCGUUUCAGUUUCAUUGUUAUUAUCCUUGGAUAUUAUAGUGUUGAUAUUGUGUUUAGUGAUUACUCCUGAUAAUAUGGCUGAUAGUAGUUUUUGGGUGAAAGAUCUCUCCCUUUUCAAAGGCUUUCACUUUGGAAUUUCAGCAGCCUUUUUCACAAAAAAAUCGUGGACACACAGGCAGAGCGAUCGUGGCUAUAAAUUUUUUGCUGAGGGGUAUAUUCAUGAUGUGUUCAUACACAAGAAUGAGUGUACCAUCAAGGCGAAAUGCUAUAGGAGCCAGAAGAAGAAUGAGAAGCCGCAUAGCCUUCAUUUAAAAUUUGCAUCAGUGGACCUUAUGGUGGAAGCUCACUGUACAUGUGAGGCGGGGAACUCCGAAUCUUGCAACCACGUUGUUGGGCUGGCUUACUUUCUGCAGCAUUUAAUUUUGAAUGGCUUUAAAGAAGUCCCAGAAAGUGCAUCAUGCACUUCAAUCCCAAUGGAAUGGAAUAAGCCAAGAGGGAACAAAAUAACUGCAGAAAAAAUACCUGAAAGUGUUUUUAUUGACCCAAACAACAUAAAAAGGACAAAAAAACCAGUUAUUUGUCAAAUAAAAAACCCCAUAAGGAAUGAUGAGUUGAAGAAAAUCAACCAAGCUAGUAUCACAAACCUAAAAACUGUUUUAAAAGAAAUUAACCCGUCCAUACCAUUUGCUAGUACACUAUGUACUGAAAACAUGGCAAAUGAUAGAACAAUACUUCUACAAAAUGGAAUAAAUGUGCCAGCAUCCUCGCUAUUGGGACAUAUGGCUCGUGCUGGGACCAAAAAUGUUGCUGCUACAACAGGUCUUGAGAGGGAUGAACACCUGGACGAUCUACCUAUAGCAUUGCCAUUAGAUGAUAAAGAAAUGGUUGACAUCCUAAUAAGUUUGGCGCCAGUCCACCACGCCUCAUUACAACCAAUCUCUAUGGAGCAAGCAGCAGAAAUAGAGAAAAAGACAAGAACGCAGAACCAGAACGACCUUUGGAAAGAUCUUCGUAAAUUUUGGUUUACCGCCUCAAAAUUUGGUUUUGUUUGUAGAAGAAAACUUUUUAAUGACGAAUUUAUAAAACCAUUUGUGUGCCCUCCAGAUAUCAGUCGUCUAAAAACAGUUGCUCAUGGAUUGAAAAAUGAACCAAUAGCCAUAAGAGAAUUCUUGAAAUCAAAUCCUCAAUUCAAGUAG